UGAUCCAUCAGAACUGUUUGUAACAUGGAGUACAAUGUCUCCCACAAACCACUCAGUCGUAGAGUAUGGUGUGAACACAGGUGUGUUAGAUAAAACAGUAAUUGGACACAGUACUACGUUUAUAGAUGGAGGAGCGGAAAAACAUACGCAGUACAUUCACAGAGUUUUGCUAACAAAACUGAUCCCAGGAAAACACUAUAAGUACCACUGUGGAUGUGCUGAGGGUUGGAGUGCAGUAUAUUCAUUCACUGCUAUGCCAAGUGAAACCAAUUGGAGCCCACGUUUUGCUGUGUAUGGUGAUCUAGGCAAUGUUAAUGCACAGUCACUAGGAGCACUACAGAAAGAAACACAGAAGGGUUUCUAUGAUGUUAUUCUUCAUGUCGGUGACUUUGCAUAUGACUUUGACUUCAACAAUUCUCGUACUGGUGAUGAAUUUAUGCGACAGAUUGAACCGAUAGCUGCUUACAUUCCUUAUAUGGUGUGCCCUGGAAAUCAUGAAAAAGCUUAUAACUUUUCACACUACAAGAACCGGUUCUCCAUGCCGAAUUUUGAAAACAGUCUGAAUCAGUGGUAUAGCUGGAAUAUUGGGCCAGCUCACAUCAUUUCAUUUUCCACUGAAGUCUAUUUCUUCAUUAAUUAUGGAUUUGAACAAAUAAUCAAUCAAUGGAAUUGGUUGAUUAAUGAUUUGAAGGAAGCAACAAAACCUGAAAAUCGUGCCAAACGUCCAUGGAUUAUAACAAUGGGUCACCGUCCAAUGUAUUGUUCUAAUAACGAUCACGAUGACUGCACACGAUUUGAAAGUAUUAUUCGAACAGGAUAUUUUGGAAAAUAUGGCUUAGAAGAUUUAUUUUAUAAAUAUGGUGUUGAUUUGGAAUUCUGGGCGCAUGAACACACUUAUGAAAGACUAUGGCCUGUGUACAAUCUCACGGUUUAUAACGGCAGUGUGGAUGCACCGUACACCAAUCCUAAAGCUCCUGUACAUAUCAUUACUGGAUCAGCUGGAUGUCGAGAAGAUCAUGAUGGAUUCCAGCCACCAUAUCGACCAUGGAGUGCAUUUCGUAGUCAAGAUUACGGUUACACUAGAAUGCAAAUCUUGAACAACACACACCUGUACAUGGAACAAGUGUCUGAUGACAAGAAAGGUGAAGUUAUUGACAAGAUUAUGUUGAUUAAAGACAAACAUGAACCAUACAGUGGAAGAAAAGUCUAG